AUGCCAUUCACCCUCUCAAACCCGUAUGACAGCGUGGUCCUCCCUCUCCACUUUCCAAAUGGCCCCAAAACAGACGACGCUCGAUGCCCAGACAAGCAAGGCUGUCCAAUGACGUUCGAGCAGUAUUCAUUAGCUGGUGGUGGUCGUGACAAUGACCCUGGAGCCGAAUGGUCCAAUGCGAACAUGACGUGGGCAAAUAAGGAUCAUUACCGUGCAAUCACUGAUGGUGCAAGGAGUAGCACGCUGUACUAUCUUAUGUCUGUCGUUGGAGUUUGGUACGGCGUCGUUGCUCCAUCGAUCUGUUGGUCGUCGCAGAAGGAAACAGCAAAAGCGAACAGCUAG